ACAAUAAUAUGCGUAGCAAGCCGUUGCAAGUUGGUAAUCAACGAAUACACGAGAACAUAAAAGUUGCUUCUUAAAAUGGAUCUGUUUAAAACAGCGUUAUUGUUUGGAUUACUGACAUAUCUUUUUUACUAUUUUAAGGUUUCAAAGGAACUUCGUCACGUGGCAAAAAUAAUAAACAGCACGUACGACUAUAUCAUCGUAGGAGCUGGUAGCGCAGGAGCAGUGCUCGCUUCGAGACUCUCUGAAGACCCGGAAGUUACAGUUUUGUUACUCGAGGCGGGUGGUGAUGAGACAGAAAAUGCCGAAUUGUACGACAUCCCGUUAAUGACACCAAAGCUUAGCGAGUCAGCUUCUGACUGGCAAUAUGAGGGUGUACCCUCCCACAAAUCGGGUGUAUUAAUAAACAUGAACAAAGAUAAACACUAUUAUAUAUCGGGAAAAGUUCUGGGCGGAAGCAGUAUGUUCAAUUUUAUGCAGUACGUCAGAGGAAACCGUUAUGAUUACGAAGAAUGGGCAGCAAAUGGCUGUAGUGGAUGGAGUUAUGAUGACGUAUUGCCUUAUUUUCUCAAGUCUGAAGAUUAUCUAAGUAAAGAAAAAGAUUCCACAAAAUAUCAUCAUAAAGGGGGACCGCUUGGUGUGACCGAAGAAACGGUUUUCCCGGAAUUAUUAAAAAGGUUUAUCGAAGCAGGUAAAGAGUUAGGACAUAAGGAGGUAGAUUAUAACGCUGAAGAGCAGGUAGGCUUUGGAGUAAGUCAGGUUAACACAAGAAACGGUGUCAGAGCGAGUACACUAAGUGAGUUUCUUCGUCCUGCAAUGCAUCGUAACAAUUUAAAUGUUGCCGCGAAUGCACACGUCACAAAAGUAAAUAUUGUUAAUAAAAAAGCCACUGGAGUGACUUUCAUAAGGAAUGGAGUGAAGAAAGUUGCGAAUGCACGAAAAGAAGUUAUUUUAUCUGCUGGAUCUUUUGGCUCACCGCAGAUUCUUAUGUUGUCGGGAAUAGGACCAAAGCAGCAUUUAGAAAGUUUGAAAAUUCCUGUUAAGAUGGAUCUACCGGUUGGUGAAAACUUACAAAAUCACCUCAUGAUUAUGUUUCCGUCGGAUAUAAAUAUUACAUCGGAAGGCAUUACAAAAUCAAGACUCCAAGACCCUCGUACAUAUCUGCAAUAUCUUCUAUUUAGUUCUGGAGUCUUAUCAUCCACUUCCGCGAUUGGGGAAGCUUUUGUAAGAUCAGACUUAAUACGGGAAAAAUAUCCUGAUAUACAGUUUCAUUUUUUAGUGUUACAACCAAAUUUGGAAGAUGGAGUGUUUUACUCGACAUUUCUAAAGAAUGUAUAUCGCAACAAGUCUGUGCCCGGAUUAACCUUAAUUAUUAGUAAUCUUCAUCCUAAAAGUCGAGGAAAAGUUACACUGAAAAGUACUGAUCCUUUCGACUAUCCAUUCAUUGAUCCCAAUUAUUUUGAAAAAAGAGAAGACACUGAAACACUAAAAAGAGGGAUAAAGCUUGCAGAAGCGUUAUUUGAAACCAAAGCUAUGAAACAGAUAGGAACUGAUUCUAACAGAUUUAAGAACGCUGAAUUCUGCGCAAAUCAUGUAUUCAGGUCAGAGCAAUUUUAUGAAUGUUUGGUAAAACAUCUGUCACAAGUACACUCUCAUCAGUCAUCCACCUGUAAAAUGGGUUCUGCGCAAGACAAUAAUACUGUUGUCGAUCCCACACUCAAAGUUAAAGGUAUGACUGGACUAAGAGUUGUGGACGCCUCAGUGAUACCAAAUGCCAUUUCUGGUAACACAAAUGCCCCCGUCAUAAUGAUAGCUGAGAAAGCCGCUGACAUGAUUCGAGGUAUAGAUUCUGUGAAAGAGAUCCGGGAACGUCUUGCUAAAAAGUAAUAUUUGAAGAAACCGACGUUUAAAAGCUGCAUUAAGGCUACUUCACAUAACCGGUCACUUAGUUACAACUGAACUGAAUUCAACUGUAUCUAACUUAUGCGCGAUGAUUUUGAUAGUUUUUAUAGUGUAUGAAUAUAUAUUUAAUGUAGUAGACUUGUUUUGAGCUGACCCUCUUGUCACGAUUAUAUAUUAGACAUGGACAUUAUACAGUCUGUAUAUCAUUAAAGCCGCUUUUUUAAGACUAUAAAGUUAGUAGUCUAUGAAAACGCAUAAGGUAUGCGUUAAACAAAACCAAUUUGAUACAACUGACAUUAGCGGACAAAGUACACAAUACUAGAUUGCUUAUAAUACAUGGAUGCAGUAGUGUUUGGUGCGUUGAAUGAUACUGAGCGGACAUAUGUGAUUUUUUAUUCAGUUUUAUUAGCUUCUGUUGAAAUAUAUCCAUUAAAUGGGUAACAUAUAAAUUCGUCUAGUAUUUUAGCAGUAACUAGUAUUGGUAAUAAGUCCUUGAUGAAUACAUAUUCGAGCCGAAUCAUGUGAAAACCAAAAUAAAGCAUUUGCGACUAGCAUGGAUCUGGACCAGCCUGCGCAUCCGCGCAAUAGGUUUUGAAAGCAAACAGCAUGGAUCCUGACCAGACUGCGAGCAUGCGCAGGCUUGUCUGGAUCCAUGCUGGUCGCAAAUGCACUAUUGGUUUUCUCAUGGCGCGGCUCAUUUCAAUAUCAACUUAUGCUCUUCUCAGUUAUCAGAUAUGAUACAAGAAAAACCUUUCUUUAAGGGUAUCAAAUAUAUCUUCUUCACGUGACUGAAAUACUUGAACUAUUUUAAUUCAAAACUAUCUGCUCAUAUGUAACCCAAAGAACCUGAAAUGUAUUUCAACUUAAAAGUAAUUUGUUAAAAUCCCUUGCAGCUCCUAAGCAAUUAAAUCAUCAUUUAGCAUAAUUUCACGAAUUGUUCUAUAUAAAAUACUGAUAGGUGAUCAAAUAAUACAGGCAAACCCAAAUGUAUUAUAACGCGUUAUUUCAGUUUUCUUAUCCAGUCAUUACACCAGAUUUACAUUUUCAAUCAACAAAUGGUUAAAUAUGAUUUCGGUGGCCAUAUUGGCGGCAAUAUUGAUUUUGAGGUCAUUGCCCCUUUAUUAGUUGAUCUAAAAGGUAUAGAUCUUAACCAGGAUUCAGUUCAUUUGUUCGCUUGUGCUUAUUUAUAGACUUUUCAAACCAUCUUUACAUCUGAGGUUUGCAAAGAAUGAUUGUGCUUUUAUUCUAAACGUUUGUGUAUAAAAUAUUUGUUUAACUCAGUCGUGUCAUUCGCAUUCUAUAUCAAACCAUAUGUAACUGUAUUUAGGUGCAUUUUGUAUGUGUACAAAAAAAAUCCGGCUUGUAAAUUAGGUCUGUCCGGGCGGAUGGAUGGGCGUGGAUGGAAUUUGUCUCAUGUUAACCUUUUUGUUCAUUCAAUAUCUGGAUAAGUAUUCUAUAAAGGACCUUUAAACUUCACGUGUAUGUUGGUCUUUAUAUGUACAUGACCCCUAUUGAUUUCAGAAUCGCUGGGUCAAAGGUAAAGGACACAUUGACCUGAACAUUUGAGAUUAGUUUCUGCAUGAUAUCUGGAGAAGUAUUUCAGUUAAGACCUUGAAACUUCAAAAGUAUCUUGGUUCUGAUGUAUAUAUAGUUUAUGUCGAUUUCAGGGUUACUGGAUCAAAGGGCAAGGUCACAGAGACCUGAACAUGUUAACCUUUUUGUUCACUCAAUAUCUGGACAAGUAUUUCACCUAUGAUCUUGAAACUUCACUGGUAAUUUGGUCUUGAUUUCUGCAUGACCACUAUAGGAGAGAUCGUGUUUGUAUACAAAUCUGUUGUUUUUUCUCUAUUUUUAGAACUGAUAAGACAAAGGUCGGGUGGGCAGACGCCGAGCGUCCAUGAUUUUUUGUAUACAGUGAUGUUUUUUCUAAUGGCUUUAACUUUCUUAAAGCACAAAUGAUAUCAAUAUUUUUUUUUUAUCAAUGGCAAGGAUAUAAAACAAGCAACUUAUUGUUUACUUUUAAUUAUUAUUUCGAAAUAAAACUGAUUAAUUAUGAACGCUUAACUUACAGUGUUUUUUUCUAAAACUUUGGAGCAUCGUUACGCCGCUAUUAAAAUCAUAUGUCAUUUAAGAUGUUUUUUUUUUCAUUUUAAAAAGAUAUUUAAAUAAGAAAAUAUGAAAAUCAUAAGCAUUUAAAAAAAAAUUGAAUUUUUAAAAUCCAUAAAUUAGCGAAAAAGUUAUUAAAAAUUGAAAAUUCCGAUCGCAUACAAACGAUGCAAAAACAUUUGUUUAGCCCACCAUCAGAUAAACAGGUAUUAAUGCGUUACGUCACCGCGGUCUCUCCUAUAGAUUUCAGAUUCAUUGAGUCAAAAGUCAAGGUCACAGGGACCUGAACAUUGAAAAUGGUUUCCGCUUAAUAUCUGGACAAGUACGUAUUUCACUUAGGACCUUGAAAUUUCAUACGUAUAUUGGCCUUGAUGUGUAUAUGAGCCCAAUUGAUUUCAGAGUCAUUGGGUCAAAGGUCAAGGUCACAUGGACUUGAACAUAUUAACCUUUUUAUUCACGCAAUAUCUGGACAAGUAUUUAACCUAGGACCUUGAAACUUCAUAGGCAUGUUGGUCUUGAUGUGUACCUGACUCUCAUCGAUUGCAGGGUCAAAGGUCAAGGCCACAGAGAUAUAAAUAUAGAUAUGUUUUUUACUUUUAUUUUGUUACAUCAAUUUAUUUCUUUAAUUUUAUUUUCUAUCAUUCCAUUGUUUUUACUUUUCCCUUCAAUAUUGCAUAUUAAUUUUAGGUUAUUCAUUGUAUUCCAUUAUUAGAACUUUUACUCAUUUUUGCCUAAUUCGGAAAACCUGGCCAAAACGCCGUCAGGCGUUAGCUGCUUGUUUUUGUAUUAUACACAAAUUUUGCAAAAGUCAUUGUCUCUCUCAAAUGUAUUCAGACAAACUAAUGUAUUCAACAAAAUACAAUACUAUGGUUUUAAACAAUAAACGGUGUUUAAAAGACAAA